UCUCCUGUCUCGGCUAUCAGUGGAGAAACAAAUUGAUUCUUCAGUCAUGAAACAAGUGAGAAACAUUACAGCUGCCCUAACGUCUUCGGGCAUUGGUAUAUAAUUUUUGAUGUUACAUAUCAUCUUCAGACAGAAUAUGGAUUUUAUUUUCUAACUGCCUGCAGAUAGGUUUUGACAAGAUUAAACAUGUAUAAUAGCCACGCUUUGUUUCAAGUAAAUAGAUAAACGCAGGAAUCACGAUUCACGAAACGCCUAUUAGAUUUCGUAUUAUAAUUUUAUAAUAAUUACGUGAUAUUUUAUCCCUUCUGACAUCUUGUAGGAUAUGACGAUUUUUAGUUCUAAACGCCGAAUUGUGCUAGACCACAUUUCAUUUUACGAAAUGGUUUUACAUAAAUGUCCAUCAAAACCGCACUGCUUCAUGCAAAAAUUCUGGUCACUGCUGCUAAUAUGGAUGGCAGAUCUACACGAAGCAACACAAGUCAACCAGCAGAUUCAUCUUCUGGCAGACUGUGUCCUAAGGAUCAGUGUACAGUACUUCAGUCCUGGACGAACUGUGGUAGUUUCGUCUGCAUUUAACCACGAAAAUCGGACGUUUCAAGUCACUGAAACCCUAGUCGACAUUGAAGACAUCGUGAUGGAGGGUUUGAAUCUUAUUGGUCUCUGGCCAAUUGCUGUAUAUCGUCCUGCGGAGGAUAUAAUUGAACAUAAUCCUGAUAUCUGGGACAAUACAAACGACGAAAAACACUUCAGUUAUAUCCUGAUCCUGAGAUGCCACGAAGGAGGUUGGAAAAAUGUGUUGGAUUACAUGACGAAGAUGAUCAUGCAGUUGAAGACUUCACCUGCAUGGAAUUCCAGAGGGAAAUUUGUGGUAGUGGCUACUCAUUGCGUUUCAAGUAAUGUACAGAAUGAGCUGAAGAAGAUAUUGGAACACCUUUGGGACUUCAAUAUAUUUAAUGUCAUCACACUGUACCCUUCAGCGCAAGAAACUGUUGAAAUAUUCACGUGGUUUCCUUACCAGUUUCCGUCUGCUCGAUGUGGAAGGCUUUUGAAUGUUGUUCAUCUUGAUACUUGGGUCAGGGAACAAGAUACAGGGAUCUUCCAACGCAAUUUAACACUGUUUACAAAUGGUAUGCUACGUGAUCUGCAAGGAUGUGUCUUUAGGGCAUCAACAAUUAACUUUCAACCGUACGUAAUUUGUAAUGAAAAUGCGACCGUCGAAGGAGGCAUCGAUGUUGAAGUCCUGAGAGCAGUAACUAAGAAGCUAAAUGCGUCUCUGAAGUUCCGAGUAAUUUUAGAGAAAGAGAGAAAGGGGCAGAUACUGUCAAAUGGAACAUGGACUGGGUUAAAAGGUGACUUGAAGUACGACAAAGCAGAUAUUAUAAUAGGAUCAUUUCUUAGUAAUUUUGACGAUCAUGUCGAAUUUGACGAUACAAAUACUUAUCAUACUGGUAGAUUUACGUGGAUCGUAGCUCGCGCAAGACCGUAUCCUCAAUGGUUAAGUAUGGGCAGAGUUUUUACACUCACGGCAUGGCUACUAGUCUUAGCAUUUGUUUUUAUUGUGGGACUUCUCAUGAGGUACUUAUCAAAGUCCACGUAUUAUAAAACAAAUGGUGAAUGGGGUAUUUCAAAAUGCAUUCUGAGCGCAUGGGCUACAUUGCUUCAAGCAGGAAUUCCCAAAAUGCCUCGUAAUAGUACCCUACGUGUCUUGUUUAUUUUCUGGGUGGCCUAUUCGUUGGCUAUGAACACUGUAUUCCAAGCAUUCUUUACAAGUUAUGAAGUAGACCCUGGUCUACAGCACCAGAUUGAUAAUAUUGAUGAAUUAUUUAACGAACCGACAGUUUAUGCAUUUUCUUCACCAUUGGAUCGAUUUUUUACAAAUGAUAUGUUAAAGCGGUUGACACCGAGAAUUCGAUGUGAGCCCAUAAGGUGCCUAGCAUAUGUGGCGACGGUUUAUAAUGCCACUACAUUUGUUUCGAGAGUCCUCGUAGGGUACCAUCGUGAAGAACAGAUUAAACAAGAAAAACGACAUGAUGUGCAUCCUUUUCGGGAGGAUUCCUUCCAGAUACACUCAAUAAUGUUGAUGCAGAAAGGAAGUCCUUUUCUUCUAUACGUGAACGAAAUUAUCAGAAGAAUUGUUGAAGCUGGUCUAUCUGAUUACUGGAAAGAAGCCAUAUUGGAAGACAGACGAAUAAAGGCAGGGGUUCUAGCACUAAAAUCCUUAAAAGAUGCAUAUGUCGAAAUGAAUUUGUCUCACAUGCAAGGGGCAUUCAUCUUUCUUCUCAUAGGAACUGGAUUUUCAUUCACAGCUUUUCUUGCUGAGAUUCUGUUUGAGAUGUUUUUCACCAAGUUUCGUAUAAAUAAUUGUAAACUUCAUUAGCAGUAAUUAAAGUUGAAUCAAAUCUUUUUAAAACUGUGUUCAUAUUUCAUGUUCAUAGUACCGAAGUACCAUUGAAAUGCAAAAUAAUCAAUAGCUAAUUUAAAUUUCAAUAGAAGUCGUGACAUAUGAAGAUUUUGGUCUUUUGUAUCUGUGGUGAAAGGUUUCCUUGGAAAGCGAAAGGAAGGAAACUACCAGCUUCUAGUGGAGAAU